AUGUCUCUAUUCAUUUUCUCGUUUUUCAUUCUUUGGACCCUUGCGCUCGGGUUCUAUUCACCGGACAACCACGACGAUUGGCUGGUGUUGAAACCCGACUCGUUGCCUCCACCUGGAUCCCAUGCGUCACUUCCCUUCAAAUUCGGACUUAUUCCCAACCCUUACAAGUCUGUUGAGGAGUUCUAUUUGGUUCCCUCCACUGUCGGCGGAAUUGAGGCUGCUGGAGCUGUGGUUGACUCUCCAGAGCUCGGCGGCGGUGACACUUCUAUUACAGAGCAAAACACUCAAAAAGAUCUGCUGAACGACGAGGUUGCAGCUACGUCCGAAGAAGAUUCAGGAAAUAUCUUUGUUUCAUCAUAUGGCUUGCAUUCCCCUCAUGGCGGCCUGGUCCAAAAGCGCGAUAAGGUUGAGGCUAGUGACAAUGCUGCUGUGGAAGCUGUUGGAGCCUUGGUACCUGUUGCUUGUACCACAGAUACUGUUCUUCAAUUGUCUUUGAAGGACGGUAUCCUAAGACUGGAGGGCGAUCGUAUUGGGUCGAUUGUCAGCAAUCAUCAGUUCCAGUUCGACGGACCAACACCUCAACAUGGCGCCAUUUAUGCCGCCGGCUGGCUGGUGACUCCUAAUGGAGUUUUGAGUCUUGGCGGGUCAACUUUGUUUUAUCAAUGUACUUCAGGUGACUUCUACAAGUUGUACGAUGAACUGAUUGGAGCUCAAUGUUCUCCUGUGCAACUAGAUGUCAUUGAGCUUGUGGCCUGUUAG